AUGGACGGCGAGUAUGCCGACGACGCCGACGACGAGGACACCGACGCCGCCAUUGUCUGGCUGCUCAGUGAAUAUGCCUUCAGCGUAUUGUCGAAUUGCGUCCGCGCAGGCCGACCCGGUGGCGAUCGGCUGCGACUCACCGGGCUCAUUGCUGUGGCUAUGCGCCGGGUUGACAGUUCUGCUAGGCGUCGCAAGCAUGUCGCUGGGCCGUCCGUGCGGGAAUCCGCUGCCCUCCACCCCGCCGUAAUGCCGCUUUGUCCCACGCAGCUCGGGCGUCCGCGAGGGGUCAGAGAGGCUGGAUUGUGGCUGCGCCAGCGUUGCCCCGUGGGCCUGUGCGCUGUGCCGGAUACAUAUAUGCUGUGCUGA